AUGGAAAAGAAGCAAAACGAGAACUUCAAGGAAUAUGCCCAAAGAUGGAGAGAUACAGCAACGCAAGUUCAGCCACCUCUCACUGAUAAAGAGAUGAUUGUGUUGUUCAUAAACACACUCCAAGCUCCAUUCUAUGAGCGUUUGAUCGACAAUGCCAUGAAAAACUUUACAGAUUUGGUCUUAUCGGGAGAAAUAAUAGAAGGAGCUAUCAAAAGUGGAAAAAUUGAAGGGCAUGAAGUUGCCAGCUCAAAGAAAGGGAAUACGCCCAAGAAAAAAGAAGGGGAUGUGCAAGCAGUCGCUCACGACAGCCAACAAGCCCACAACUUUAACCCAUAUUACCCGUACCCCCCAUACCAACCCUUCUAUCCGAACAUAGGCAAUAUCACACAAAACCCAUAUGUGUACCAACCUGCCCCGCAACCAACGUUUCAAACCAAUGUUCUUCCACAAACUCCACCACCAAGACCGGUAGCUUCAACCAAUAAUCCUGGUCAUGGUCAAAGAGGACCUAAAACUAUCCUAGAAAAACCAAAGUUUGAUCCUAUUCUAGUCCCUUACACUACAUUGCCGCCACAACUCAUAGAAAAUCGACUCCUUGCUCGAACUCCUUUAGAACCACUCCGACCACUUUUCUCGAAAUGGUAUGACUCGAAUGCACAUUGUGAUUACCAUUUUGGAAUUCAAGGGCACUCCACCAAGAAUUGUACUACUUUAAAACAUAAAGUCCAAGCGUUCAUUAAGGCAGGACUUUUAAAUUUUGUCAAAAAAGACAGUUCAAGUGUUGAUGGGAAUCCUUUACCUAAUCAUGGAAGACCGACAGUGAAUGCCAUACAUGAAGGGAUGAUGCGAAGGGUGAAAAAGAGUAUUGAUGAGAUUCAAACGCCAAUGGAUAAAGUGUUUGAGGCAUUGUCCAAGAUAAAUGCCAUCACUCCAGAACCAAUCGACACAAAGGAAUUGAGGCAUGAUCUCGCUUAUUCUUGCAAAUUUCAUAUAGGGGCAAUUGGGCAUUCCAUUCAAAAUUGUGAUAGCUUUCGUUGUAAAUUGCAAGAAUUGAUGGAUUCAUCGGUAAUUGAGUUUUAUGAAGAAGCCAAAGAGAAUUUGGUCGGAACCAUAAAUGGAGACACCCCAGCUGAAGUGGCAUCGAGUUCAUUCAGGGCGAACAAACCUAAACCUCUCACCAUCUUUUAUGAAGAAAACAGGAGCCCGAUGAAUGAUACAUCCCCUACUAUGAUCAGAAGUGGUAUUACCAUCGAAGUCCCCAGCUCGUUCCCUUACAAGAGCGAUAAGGCUGUCUCAUGGAAUUAUGAGUGUAAUAAUUUGGGCACAGCUUCGUCCGCCCCCCAAGCAUCUUUUGAAGAUCUAACUGGUGUAGGGGGUAUAACGCGAAGUGGGCGAUGUUAUUCCCCUGAGAUAGCGGAAAGAGUUGAAAAAGGGAAACCUACACAGAGAGAAUGA